CGUUUAUAUCUACUUAGUGACAUAGAACUGAUAGAGAGCGUAAACUGAAGCUUUUUUUUUGUUGUAUAGACGUGUGUUUAAAAAAGUAGUUUUAGGACAAUGAUGAAAUGAUUGAAAUUAAAUGGUAUUACUUUAUACGUGGGUCAAGUUUUCUGUGUAGUUUUAAGAUUUGAGAUAUUGUAUUUAUCGCCUCAAAAUUGAGAACCAUACAAGCUUUCAAGCGCUAUAACACUUGCUGCCAUCUUAAUGAAAGCAUCGCAAACCAUAGCUGUGUAGAACUGCAACCGUAACGCCCUGUAAUACUAUAACAGUUGGAAAGAGAGAGCAUGAUCUCUCGCACACAACUUUAGAAGAUUGAUUAUAGUAUAAUGUGCCUUGAGUGAAGAGUAGUGUUAGGCUUGUUGUCGCGCCAGCUGUCAAAAGGAUUUUUCAUACACGUAUUUGUUUAUACCGAAAGAGUCAGUAGCGGUAACAAGUAAAUAACAGCAGUUGAAUGUGAAUUUUAGCAGAAAUAACAACUAUGUUCUUCCAGGGGGUUUGUUUAUCUGUUCAAUAAAGUUCAAUAUAACUGUCAAUGAGGUCUUCGAUUUAUGAUUACAAUCCUUUGAACCGGUUCUUCAUAGCAACUGGAAUUGACCACGCAUCAUAAACCACGGCAACUCAUUUACAUCGGCGACGAACCUGACUUAAUUCAUUUCUGAGAUCCUUAGAAUUCGUAUACCGGAUCGACUCUCCUAUCGAAUAACCGUCACGUAGCAUACCUCGCGCACCUCGUCGUGACCGCCGACACAAGGCCAAAUGUGCUGCCGAAAAAAAUCUUAGAUGACCGUCGUCGUCAUUGUGGUCGUCAGUGGGUUCUUGCAACGUAGAUAGAAAUCUACCAACACAUUAGCCAAAUUCAAUUCGGCUCAUUCCAGCGCACGAAACGAGAAGAGAAGAACGCGAAACGCACUUACCGUGGUUGCCGAAAACGAAGACGACCGUACGGCUGCCUUGGGGAGUCAUUGUCGUAGAUCGCCUCCAUCAUAACGUUGCAGAGCUUCAUCCGUAGCGGUUUGUGGCGAUCGGAGAUCGUUAGCUGGUUUCCAUUCCGGACAGAGAAAACAAAAAAUAAACAGUGAAAGAAAGUGUGAUCGAGUUGUGCUGACCAAGUUUUUUUUUGUUUGCUUUUGGGUUAACGCACCGUUAUAACAGUUCCAUUUCCGGAAUUUGGAUUUUUUAGUGACCAACCAGUCGCACAAGUUUUCUACAAAAAUAGUACCUUUCAGUAGUGUGAACAAGUGUGCUUGAAGACGGUUUUGCAUCAUUAGAUCGAAACCAUGGGUCUGAUCAUAUUUGCCGGAAUCACUUUGGCGAUUCUGUUCUUUAUCUUCUACUUCAUGAAAUCUUCCAAAGAGAUGCCGAAGAACUGGUCCCAGUUAGUGUCGGAGAUUAAGGUGCAACAGAUCGGUUUUCUCGGCAUCGUGGAAGAUAUUGUGCUGCGUAGAGCAAAUAAAGUCGAGCUCUACAAGCAAUCGGGAAAAAUUGCCCUCGUCACCGGUGGAAACCGCGGCAUCGGGUUGCGCAUCGUGAAAAAACUCGUCGAAUGUGACAUCGAGGUGAUACUAGGUGUCCGCAACCCGGAGGGAUCAAAAAAGACCGUCGAGGAGUAUCUGGAGCAGGGUAAGGUGCUGCCCGGGGCCAAGCUGCACUACGAAAAGCUGGAUAUUGGUAACCUAAAAUCUGUGCGGGAGUUUGCAGCCCGGGUUCAAUCCAAAUUUGACAAAAUUCACAUCCUCAUCAACAAUGCCGGUGUGAUGGGCGUUCCGUACAAGUUGACGGACGAGGGAUUUGAGUCCCACAUGGCGAUCAACUACUACGGUCACUUUUUGUUGACCCAUUUGCUGCUGCCGCAGCUGCGUGCCGCGGGAAGCAAGGAUUUACGGGCCCGAAUCGUCAACGUGUCGUCGUGCGUCAACAAAAUCGGUGAAAUCGACUAUUGGGACAUCAAUCGGACCAAAGACUACUACCCCGCGGAGGCAUACAACCAAAGCAAAUUGGCUCAGGUGCUAUUCGCGAAGCACACCAACCUGCAGUUCGAGGAGGACAAUGAUCUAGUCCAGUCCCACUCGGUACAUCCGGGUGUCGUCAAUACGGAUUUGUUCGAGCAUUCCAGCACCACCUACAUUCCAUGGGUCCGUCAGCUACUGUUCAAGAACCCCGAGCAGGGAUCUCGCACCAUCGUAUAUGCCGCUAUCGCACCGGAACUGGAAGGUAAAGGCGGAACCUACCUGAGCAACUGCCGAGUGAUGACAUGCCAUCGUUUCUGGAAGAAUUCGGUCCAGUGCGAAAAGUUUUUCCGUUUCACCUGUGAUACACUAGGGAUUAAGGACUUCUUCCAUAAGGGAUUGGAAAAGUAGUGUUAUAAUCUACAGUAAAUCUUCUUUUUAUUUUCUUUCUUUUUGCUUUCUGGGACUCAAGAGUGCAUUUAGACUAAGAGAAACAUCACAAGGACUGUCAUCAAACUGUGUAGGUUUCAUUAUCGUUCAUUCAUCCGAAGGAUACUUAUUUUCGUCUUUAUGUUUUUUUUUCAUUUCAAGUAACGUUAUGUACAGCAUCACAUCGCAAUGAAAUGAAAUUACACUUUUCUAGCAUAGGACAAGCGGUCUACAUUGAUAAUCGAGUUAACUUUUUUUUAUGAGAAAUAGCUCAUUGUCGAGCGUUUCUAUGAUCUACCCAAAAAAAAAUGUGGAUAUCACCCAAAUUUUAGGGAAAUUACUCUUUUGAGUUAUUAAUGGGUAGUAACUGAAUCAUUAUCUACUUAUUAAUGGGUAGUAACUGAAUCAUUAUCUACUCAAACUUUGACUUGAUCGUAAAAAUAUGUAGCAAGCAUAGCCAAAGCUGGCAAUCUUCCAUUUAGCUAAAUAUCGAUUUUGUCACUCGUUAGUCUGGUUUAUGUAUUACACUAAGUACCUAAAAAUGCGGAGAUGAACUUUUGUUGAUUUUGGUUUCUACACAAAGUUAGGUAGCUACUGGUAAGAGUUUUGCUAGUAUUCGUUGACACUCGUAACACUAGAAGAAAUUCUUAUGAAAUAAUGUUGGAUUACGAUUGUACAUUCCACCGCUUCCUUAGCAUAAAUUUGUUACUCUUCGUAGCCGAUAAGCUAACCAAAGGAAUGCUACCAACUCGAGUAAUAAAGAUACUUUAUUGAUGACAUUUGUUAAUUGUGUUCAAUAAUGUGUCCGAAAAUAUUGGGAAUUCGCCUUCUACUUACAAUAACAUCAGGGUCAAACAUAGACAUGUUGCUUCUUUAGUGUAUUACCAUUCCCACUCUGAUUGAUGUACGCAAGAAGCUAAUCCAAUCGCAUCGGUACUUCUUUGGUUACAAAUAAAAUAACAUUGGUUCACUAUCUCUUUGAUUCAGUCACUAACGAAACUAGAAUAAGAAUGUACAUGUACGUGUCUAAUAUUUUCUACAAGUGUACUCAAAUCACUGAAAGAAAACCUGUUUUAAUCCACCUAGUGGUGUAAUGAUGCCGUUCUCAUAUUACUCAUAACUUUAAAAAUAUUACUGUGGAAUUCGCAAAAACAACUGUUCAUUCAAUAGAAAUAUGAGAAUUUGUUCGGACUGAAUCUAAUAAACUCUACAAAUCCUGUGUACCCCGUAGUUCCGGAACCGGAAGUAGUAUACACAACAAAUUUAGGAACUCCGAAUGAAACUGUAAGACUUUUCCUUUGAACCUAUAAUUUUGUGAAAAUCGACGUGGCCAUCUUGAAGGAAAGUGAGUGAGACCCUUUUGCAGUUUUUAAACACCAUUUCCAAUUCUUCCGUAACCGGAAUCAGAUGACCGGUAUAGCCGAAGUUGGUUAGUUUGCAGCAAAACAAAUAUGAACGAAAAAUUGGAACAAUUUUGAAAUUAGUUAAACCUAGACUUACUACCUCAUGUUCUAUUGCCGUUAAUUCAAUUAAACGAAAUCUAACAUACGAAGUGAUCCUGCGUUUCUGUUUUCCUGCAUAUAUAAGUCAACUAAAAAGCAUGAUUCAGCAGCAUAAACACGGAUUAUUAAUUUUAUUAUUAUCAUUGACAUCAUUACACCACCACACCAGGUAUUACUGCUCUACCGUAUGUGAAAAUUUCACAUUUUUUCAAAUAAAUUUUAAUUCAUUGACAUUCGUUUAUUCUUUCGGUCGUACUGAUCAUAAAAUGGCUGUAAUUUUUAUCAACCGCUGCACCGUGUUUUACCAAUAUUACACACUAGUAGCAGACAUCCGUAAUCCAUUUUUUUCAUAGCGGCCCUUAUUACCGGUAUCACUACACGGUGAAAACCAAGUGAAGUGACUGUGACCUUUAUUAUGGGUAUCACUUCACGGUGAAAAUCAAGUGAAGUGAAUUUAGGUCCUUAGUACGGAAGUCACUUCAAAGACAAAAGUAAUUAUUUGGAUGAACUUGAUGUCAUUCUGAACAUCACGCCAUCAAUAUUUUGUUGAAAAAAUGAAAUUUUCCACUACAGUGAUCACUUCACUAUGCGUGAUACUGGUAAUAGGGAAAAUCAAGUGAAGUGACAUGUAAGUGAAGUGAAUGUGAAAGUGGAAGUGAGAACGGUAAUAAGGGCCAGCGUGUACGAAAUAGAACGAAGCACGCAUCGUUUGUUUUAUGUAUUCUUCAUCUUCCGGUGUGACACAUAUUGUCAUUCUAUAUGGCGAUAUGUAAACUUUGAUACUCAUCACCCUGUAACUGCGGAACCGGAAGUCGGGUCCGAAUGAAAUUUCACAGUAGCUUUACAGAUAAUAUGAGCUUUAAUUGAAAUCACGAUAUGUAAAAAUCGGUUCAAGCAUCGCAGAGAAAUCGAAGUGAGUUCUAUUUUCUAAGUUUUUCUGCACCACUUUUGGUGCUUCCGGAACAUCAAAUGGGGGGACAAGUAGUGCCGAAUUAAACUUUUAUGUCCACAAACUAACAGGCUCUGCAAACUAAAGAAUUUAUCAGACAGUUUUAUGGGAUUUGUACCUGAUUUUGACCAUCGUUUGUGAAAAAAUACUAAUGAAAUUGGUAAUUUCCCACUAUCACGCUUUAAUUCCGGAACCGGAAGUCGGAUCUGGAUAAAAUGUUCUAGAAAUUUUUAGGAAAUUUUUAGGACCUUUCAUUUGAAUCUUAGUUUAUGAAAAUCGGUUGAGCUGAUUUAGAGAAAGUUAAAUGCACACCUUUUUGGUAAUUUUCACAUAUUACCAUGAAACUCCGGAACCAGAAGUUAGAUACAAAUGAAAUUCAAUAGCAGGCUAUGGGACCAUAAGACCUUCAAUUUGAAUUUUAGUUUGUGAUAAUCAGCCAUCCCUGAAAAAAGUGAGCGCAUAUUUUUUCCAUUUUUUUGGUGCAUGUCAUCCUAUAUCUCCGGAACCGGAAGUCGGAUCAGGAUGAAAUUCAAUAGCAGGUUAUGGGACCAUGAGACCUUUUAUUUGAAUCUUAGUUUGUGAAAAUCGGUUCAGCCAUCUCCGAGAAAACUGAGUGCAUAUUUUUGUUACAUACAUACACACAUACAAACACACACACACACGAACGGACGGACACAGAGACAUUUUCUCAGUUCGUCGAGCUGAAUCGAAUAGUAUAUGACAUUCGGCUCUCCGGGUCUCGGUUAAAAAGUCGGUUUUCACAGUGAUUGCAUAGCCUUUCUAUAUGAGAAAGACAAACCUAAGACAAGACGAGACAGCUGGCUUUUUACUCUUAUUUUGUUUGCUUUCCAUGAGCCCUGCUGAAUUAUUAAUGAAAGUUGCAGUCAAUUUCUUUUAUAAAUAAAUGCAUGUUAUUUACAUUCUAAUAUUCAAAUAAGAAUACUUGUCAUAUUAACAAAAAUUUCGUCGUAUUUUGUGUGGUAUUGGGCUAUCCAACGUUUGGAGAUUUUAUAAAUAUCUAUUUAGAGUACCUACAAUAACCACAAAACAAACUCAAUAACGGAAGCAAUAAAAGCAUCUAUAACUUAUUGA